AUGGCACAGCUGGCAGCACUGGAAUCAGAGGUUCCGGAGUUGCGUGGCAAACUAGCUGAGCUUGAGGCCAUGCGAAAUGCCGCGCUCGAAGCAGCAGAAGAAGUUGAGCAACUCCAGCUCGAGAUGGAGAUGCUUCGGGAGGAAUCUGCGGAGGUGCCGGCACUCAAGGCACAGAUCGCAGGCGUGGAGGCGCAGCAUGCUGCUUUGCAAGAUGCCACAGCAUCUGCAGAGCUUCACCAAAAGAUGGAGAGGCUGCAGGAGGAAGCUGCGCAGGCCGGAGAGAUACGGAAAUAUUUGUGCGAUUUGGGUGUGGGUAUGGCAAUGGGGGGUGAAACAUGCGAGACGUGA